AUGAAGUUCGCUGCAACUGUCAUCCCUGCGAUCGGCCUGAUCGGCAGUGCCGUGUUGGCUACGAUGAGCCCUGCAAAUCUGCAAGACACGGGCAAUUCGCUGGCCCGUCAAGCUUUCGACAUCAAGGAUCUUGUUUUGGCGAUCAACUCGACCAUGAACUCUGGUCCGAUGCAGGAUGUUUUCGAGGAGAUAGAUGAUAUGUAUGAGGCCGUUCUGGCCAACAUCCAAUUGAUCAUCGGCACCAAGACCCUCACCCAAGAGAGCCAAGAUGUGCAGUUGGUCUACGAGGCCUACUCCUACCUCGCCCAGGGAAUGUUCGAGCUUAUGGACGCGCUCGGUAGCUCCGCUACCAACUUCAUCGCCAUGGACGACCAAAACGAGUUCCGCGUUCCCGCUUCCAUCCGUGAGGUCGGCGGUGUCGUCGAUGCCUGGAUGUUCAACAUGAUCGGCCUCUUCCCGGCCAACAGCUCGUACUCCGAUGAAGCCGCCAACCAGAAGAACCAGGUCGACUCGCACUUCCGUCGCGCCAUUGCCUCGUAUCACCUCGCCACGGCCAAGACCGACUCGCCUUAUGGCAACAUUACGAACAUCGUUUCCACCGAUGCUUUGACGAUGGACAACUCGACUGACUCUGGCGAUGUUACGAGCGACGCUUCUAAGAAUGAUGCUGGCAGCUCCGGCAAUGCCGGCACCUCUGACAACGCUGGUACCUCGAACAAUGUCGAUGCUUCCAGCACCACCGGUGCAUCUGAUGCUACGAAGUCUACGGACUCUACGGACUCCACGAACAAUGUUGGCGCCGCCUCGAAUGAUGUUCGCACCACCAGUGCUUCCAGCGACGAGUCCUCCAGCACCACUGGAGCAUCCAACAACGACGCUGCAUCGAACAACGGCGACGCUUCCAUUGACGGAACCUCCUCCACCGAUGCUUCUACCAGCAGCACUUCUACCGAUGGCGCUUCUUCCAGCAAUGCUUCCAGCAACAACACUUCUGCUAGCGGCACUUCCAAUGUCAACGGGAGCUCCAACACCGAUGUCAAUGGCAACCCUGCCGACACCCCCUGCGCCGAAGAAGGCCCUACCGCGCCUGCUAGCAAUUAA